AUGAGAAGAAGUUCAGUAACCAAUAGGCAAUCCCUAUUGCCACUGCGUGUGCAAGAUACUAACCGGGUCGGGCUUACUACACCCCAGAACAAAGAUCGUCAAGGUUUUGGUAAACUUGCAACAACCAAACCGCAUUCUGGGACAUCAGAGCGCAAGACCAGCUUCUUUGGGAAAAGAGCGAGUACUGGGGUAGCCCGAAAUAGUCAGUAUGGCGCAUUCAGCGGCACUGAGAAAAUCAAAGAUACAAGACCAUUACACGACAAGUCCUUUAUCCAGCAAUGUAUACGCCAGCUCUGUGAGUUCCUGAAUGAAAAUGGCUAUUCCCAGACAAUAACCGUGAAGUCUUUGCAGGGCCCUUCUACUAAAGACUUCCUGAAGAUCUUUGCUUUUAUAUACAGUUUUAUAUGCCCAGGCUAUGAAAUCCCUGAUUCGAAGUUUGAGGAGGAGAUUCCGAGGCUCUUUAAAGAACUUGGGUACCCCUUUGCCUUGUCCAAAAGCUCUAUGUACACAGUAGGAGCCCCUCAUACUUGGCCACAGAUAGUUGCAGCGCUCAUUUGGUUAACAGACUCUGUUAAGCUGAGCUAUGUGCUGAGAGCUGAAAACGAUAUGUUUGAGGAACCCCUGGGAGAACCGAGCGAGAAUGGAAUCGACUUCAACCCGAUGUUUUUGGAGUACACGACAAAAUGCUAUGAGCAGUUUAUGGAGGGUCGAGACACGUUUGAGGAGAACGACGCAGAUGUCUGUUCCCGUCUCAAAGAUGCAUACUGCGUGGAUGACUCCAACCUCGAUUCUCUGCAAGCAGAAUACAGGAGGCUGACAGAAGAGAUUGAGAGACUGGAGAAAGAGAAGGAGAAUGAACCGGAUCGUUUGGCAUCUAUGAGAAAAUUGAGAGGUUCUCUCCAAGCAGAUAUCCAAAAGUACCAGAAUUAUCUCACAGAGAUCGAAUCGCACUCCACGUUCCUGGACCAGCGUGUAGCGGGCAUCUCGGAGGAGCUGGAUGCUACAGAACUGGAGAGCGAAGCCAUCAAGCAGGAAAAUCUGCGCCUGAAAACCAUCUUGGACAAUCAGAAAUACUCUGUAGCUGAUAUUGAGAGGAUAAAAUAUGAGGAAACCGAACUGCAGCAAACAAUUACCAAACUGACAAAAGAUCUCGAUGAAGAGAAACAGCAUCUGUGGAACGAGGAGCUGAAAUACGGCAAAGUGAAAGAGACGCUAGAAACACAUCUCACAGAGUAUCACAAGUUGGCUCGGAAAGCAAGGCUGAUCCCCAUGACAGCAGAGAAUGCAAAUGGCUAUGAUUUUCAAAUCCACUGUAACCUGGACAGUGAACAGGGAAGCUUAACACACUACCGAAACAAGAUCAAUGUUCCACUGGUAGAAAUGUUGUCACAGUCUGAAGGUCAAAUAACAAGUGCUACAAAUAAGAAGAUGGAGGUGGAGAACAUGAUUGAACAGGUGAGCACUGUAAUAGAAGAAAAGAAGAACGAUGUGAAGAUUCACAAGGACGAGGCCCAAAAACUUGAAGAGCUUUACCAGCAGAAACUGGAGGAAAUUGAUGACGAUGAGAAAAAAUGGAUCUCUGAGAUCGAAUCGUUAGAGAAGCACCGACAGCUGCUCGAGUCUGGGGUUAACAAGAGUCUGGAUGAAGCUAUGAAAGAACUUCAGAAAGUCCAACAAGAGCUGCAGCUAGUGGAACAUCAGGCUGAGGAAGAGAUGCGACAGGUGGGAAGCAAGCUGGUGCGUGUGGUUAAUGCUGUGGCUAAUCACAUGGCAGUGAUAGAGAAACACCUGGAGGAGAAGCGUCUGAAGGUGGAGAAGGAGUAUGAGGAGUUUAUGAAAGAAGAUCUGUUGGCGGAUCUCCAAGAACUUUUAACAAAAUACGAGGAAAAAGCCAUGAUUCUGAACAGUCCUGGAUACUGACUUCUUUAAUGUAGUUUAAUAAAGUUUUAGUCCUUAAUCGCUGUCUGACGGAGCAAACUAUACAUUAUGACAAAGCCGUCUGAUCCAUAGGUUCUCUUCACCGAUGGAUCUGACUAGACUUUCAGAAUAUGAAGGCCAGCAGCCAGCUGUUACUAGUUACUGAUAUUCCCUUACUGAAACAUGUCCGUCUGGACAGAUUGCAAAUGGCAGAAGCAGUUUGACUGCAUUUAUUGUAUCUCUGCACACUGUGUUAUCUUCUAUACUCGUGUCAGGAAGCUGCUGGUCCCUGUUUUUCAUAUUGUAGAGUUGAUAAGUUAUUUCUCAUGUUGUCAAAGAAAUUACAGUAUUUACAUGCAUGGCCGAGACAUGAACUAAAACGGGGGCGACCUUCCCUCUCAUCACCACUGUCAGAAUACAGCCUUAAACUACCUUUCUAUGAGUAGAUACAUCAUAGUUCUGAUAAAAAACAGAAAGUAAGAUUCAGUGCUGGAGAGAUACUGGUAAUUUCAAGAAGGCAGCUCAGACAGCCCAUUCCAGAGUCUCUCUUAUCCUUCCCUUCACUAUAUCCUUAAAGCUGGUUGUGUGGGGUUGAAGGAUAGUUAAACUGAAUGAGCAAGGCUUUGUAUUCCCCCCCCAUCUUAAAGAAUAAUGGAAUAACGUCCAUUCCUGUUUACAUGGCUCCAUUUUAUCUGUUGCAGUGAUGUCCGUCAUCCAGCAGCCAAUAGGUACCUGAGGCCAGAGUUAGCCUGGGUAUUUGUCGAAGUGGUAGAAUUAUGGCUGAAUCGUUGUUUUUAUUUCUCUGUAUGUUAGUAGAAAUUGUAUAUUUGUUAUUACACUCACUCUUCUUAGACUCGUUCUGGCUUGUAAAUAUUUUCACGGUAUUUGACUCAUUUUCUUAUUUAUCUCUAAUAAACUGACUUUGUUAAA